AUGGAUAGGAAGUUUGUAUUUUUAGUGUCAACUUUAAGCAAUGUCGUGACGAGUAUCACGAGUCAGACGCCCGACACUGCCCCAAUCAAAGCACUCGUGGAUGCUAAGGCUAGUACUCCACCCGCUGCUGCCCUCACUAGUUCCCAAACUCCUGCCCCUGCUAAAGCACCAACCUCAGCUCCACUUACUAUUGUUUCAGUUACUCCAGCAAUAGCCACUACUCCUACUACCCAUGUUGUUACUGCACCAGUCUCAGCACCACCAGCUAAAACACUAACAAGUUCUCCACGAGCGGAAGUGCUGCAUUUCUUGGAAAGGGUGUUUCUGGUGAAUCACACGGUUGAGUUAGAGCACACAGAAUUGGAGAGUGUCACGGGUCAGACACCUGCCGCUGCACCAGCAAAAGCACCCGUUUACUCCAGUAAUAGCCACUACUCCCACUACCUUGUUGUUACUGCACCAGUAUCAAGACCGCCAACUAAAACACUAGCAAGUUCUCCACCAGCGAGAGUGCUACAUUUCUUGGAAAGGGUGUCUCCGGUGAAUCACAUGGUUGAGUUAGAGGAGCUCAUAGGUAUAAAUCGAGCUAGGCGGCACACUCCAACUUUGCAGAAUUAG